AUGCAAAGCUCCGUAGUUGCAACCUCGUCCUUUCUGCAGCUUUUCCCGACGGGAAUUGAGAUCACGUCCCACGAUAGUUGGUUGGGAGUUACCGACCCAGUGGAAAGACGGAAAUUGCAGAAUCGAUUCAACCAGCGAGCACGGCGACAGCGUCAACGAACAGCUAAUGUGGGCCAGCAGCGGCAGAUUCCCACAGAACCCUCGGGCCAGGUUGACCUUGUACUUCAGGUUCUGAGUACAAUGCACAUCGUGGGCCCAAAUGCAGUCAAUGCACGGCGUACCUUCCAGCAGCUUGAAAACAUCCUUAUGGCCCUUGGCAACACCAUCAGCGGGUCCCCCGUGGCUGAUCUACGUUUGGAGGUAACGAGGCUCAACGUCAUGCGAGCAUUACAUAUUAAUCUCGAGGUGCUGGGUUACCGGCCGGGUGAUAUUACCGAUGAUGCGCAAUCAGUAUUCACUGUCCAAGGGCCGUCCCAUUUCCAGGGCAGGAAUACAAGCGAGGUGAAGCUGCCACCGGCUCUGAAACCGACUGCGAUCCAGCGCACAGUUCCACAUCAUCCAUGGCUGGACCUCAUUCCUUUCCCGUACAUGCGGGAUACUCUGAUUCUAACCCAGGACUUCAUCGAUGAAGCGCAACUCUGUCGCGAUUUGUCUGGUCAGGGAGAGUCUGCCGUCCAGCGUUCUGGCCGUGAGGUCGGGAUCGGCGAGACGGGUAUUCUCGUCUGGAAGGAUCCCUGA